AUGGCAAAGAAAUUUGCGCUGCGCACUGAGUACCACCGGCGGAUGAUCGAUCUGGCGUUUCUGUCUGCAUUGCUCGGUGUCGCACGCCAGUCAGUGGCUAAGCUUAAGCUUUUGCGCAUGCUGCUGGAGAGCCUCAUGCAGCUGUACACUUUUCUCACAGCGUAUCGGCUGCCAGCAGCAGAAGAAAACGCAACGGAGGUAGCGAAUCCGCAGAUGGUGCAGCUGCUGGAGUUGGGUGCCGUCGAUGUCAUCACUUUGUGUGUCCGCCAGGAUGACCAAGGCAUGUCCUCGUGGGGCAUUGGGCUUCUUCAUGAGUUUGUGUCGUGA